GAAGAGCGUUGGCAUCGGAGGCAACUUCGCUUUGGCUUCAGCAGCUGGAGAGCGUCGGUUGGGCUCUCCUCUCUCGUGCCUCUACUGGCCCCCUGCCACCAUCGCUUGGUGCUUUCUCUGCCCUUUGGGAAUUCUUCGGAGAGCAAGUGCCUGGAUUCCUUUGCCCGCCUCUCUGGCCCUCUCUGUGGUCCCACCUUGAGCGGAAGAAUGAUUGCAGAAGCCGGAGACAUUGUUUUUGGCCUGGGAUUCCUGCUUCUUUCUUUGACUUCAAAAACAGAUGCGAUUCCCGAUCUGGGCAUCUUCUGUUUGUUUAAUGGGCAGAGGUACAACCCAGGAGAGAGUUGGCAUCCUUACCUGGAACCCCAUGGAGUGAUGUACUGCAUCAAAUGCACCUGUUUUGAGGAUACCAACGUCAGCUGCUAUCAGAUCCAGUGCCCUGCGCUCCCGUGUCCAAACCCCAUUAUGGACCCCCAGCAAUGCUGCGGCAGGUGCCCAGAGUUUUACAGUCAACCUGGACUCGAGGAGGAGCCCGUCGAUUCCUCCUGCGAAUACAACGGGGCAACGUACCAAAACGGCGAUAUUUUUACCGCCAGUGAACUUUUCCCUUCUAAGCAGUCCAACCAGUGCACACAAUGCAGCUGCUCGGAAGGCCAGAUCUACUGUGGCUUGGUGACCUGCCCGGAGCUGUUCUGUGCCUCCCCUCAAACCAUCUCUGAUUCCUGCUGUCCCAUCUGCAGAGAUAAUUCCUAUGACAGCUUGAUGGAUGAGGAGCCCCUACAGCUGAAUGGCCGCUCAAGGGAACAGUGCGCAGGGGAGACAAAAAGCGAAGCAGCUGAUAUGCCAACUGGCGCUUCGCUGGAGUUUGCCCCUAACAGCGGCAAGCAGAGAGGCGGUGGCACGACCGUCAAAAUCAUUUUGAAAGAAAGGCAUAAGAGAGCAUGCGCCUACAACGGGAAGACGUACUCCCACGGGGAAGUGUGGCACCCGACUUUCCGUUACUUUGUGCCCCUGCCGUGCAUCUUGUGCACCUGCCGGGACGGGAUCCAGGACUGCCAAAACGUCGUGUGCCCCGGCGAGUACCCUUGCGAAGAGCCUCAGCACGUAGAAGGGAAAUGCUGCAAAGUCUGCCCAGGUGACGAGACAGCGGCCGCCACAGCGGACAACCCCAACAAAUGCCGAGUGACCAUCUACAUGUUCAUUGCUUCCAGCUCUGAAAAAGAUAACUUGAGGAAAAUCGCCAUCGAGAGGGAAUCCUCAGACUAUGUGGAAAUCUAUAUCUGGAAGCUGGUGAAAGGUAUAUUUCACCUGGUUCAGAUCCAGAAGGUGAACAAACUGGAGUUCAGGAAAGAAGUCCAGAACUUCCGGAUGCUCUCCCACACAAACGAAGCUUAUUGGAACGCAUUUUUGGUGCAGGGACCAGAAGUGAAACUCGCCGAGGGCUCAGACAAAGAAAUGAGGAACUUAUAAGAAGAGUGGGAAAACGAGAGAGUGUGCAUAUCAUAUUAAUAUAUACGAGCCAAUUGCUUUAUUCGAUCGCUGCUCGCAGCAGCGAAAGGACACGAUCCACCGCCGGCGCUGGGAAAACACUAUCGAAUCACCUACGUCCCUGUGAAUAACCCGGCCAUUUGGAGACCUGGUCCGAAUUCUUACAGAUGUUAGAGUAGCUGGCCUCCAGGUAAACAAACGGAAGGGGGGAAACUUAACCCCAAAACAACAGAACUAACAGCCCCAUCCAAAGUGGGGGGGGGGGACAUAUUAUUGGGAACGGUCCAGGGCUACACCGGUGGAUCUGUGCUCUCCGGGGCAUUUGCCCCAAUGAAGAGCGAAUUCACUUGAACAUGACCACCAGUGGCGUAUCUGCCAGAGGAACAUGGGGGAACUGACCCCGGGCGCCACCCAUUAGAUCACGUGGGGGGCCCUGGGGGGCCUGCAGCAGGGUCCCAGUCUGGCUGCUCCUGAAAGAGCAACCAGGCCAGGAACGUGCCGUGGGUCUGCCGGGCACCCCUCAGCCCAGCCCAGCCCAGCCCAGCCCAGCCCCGCUGCCUGGGACUGCCGCCACGCUCAUCCACCUUUUAGGUGGUAUAAAUCCGUUAAGCCCAAUGGGGCUUUCUGGUGAUAGGGAAGGUUUGUUUGCCUUUUUAGCCUCCCCACACCACUGGAAGGCCUCCUCGGGAGCAGAGCCCUGGCGAGCCAGCAACGCUGCGUCCGUGUGCUCUGCUGUUUGGAUGGGGCUGUAAGUACCCUGGCCAAGGACCAAGAAUAAAUCCACACGCAGUGCCCACAAAUUCAAUUAUGACAAUUAUGUAAAUAAUACAACAUUAUAAUAUAGUAUAUAUAUAUGUAUUUAUUGCCAGCUAAAAACAACAAAAACAGUACAAACAGGCCAUUCAUAGCCUACGUUACAAAGGUAUUCAUACACAAAUCUAUCUAUAUAUAUAUAAAAAUCUAUCAGUGCGUUUUUCUGCUGACAGGUAAU